GUGGGGAAGCAUAGAGGUGGAAGGGCUGAUGAUUUUUCAGAAAAUUAUUUUCCAUCGUGAGUGGAGAGUGGCCGGAAAUUCGGUUUAUGAGUGCUAUUUUCCAUUCUGAUUGGAGAGAGUGAAAGUUCGCUUUAUGAACGAUGGGUGGAUAUAUUACAUCGACUCUGCUGCCUAGAAUACAAAGUGGUAUAACAUCACCUAAAGCUGCUCGGAUUUUAUUUUACCCAACAUUACUAUGGAAUAUUUUCACUGUGGCAAUGAGUCGCAAAAGAAGAUGGUAUGACAGAAUUGAUAGGAAUGUUGUACUUGGAGCAUUACCUUUGCGUAUUAUUUCACAGAGUCUGAUCAAUAAAGAAAAUAUUGGAGGGGUUGUGACAUUGAAUGAAGAAUAUGAAACAAGAUUACUUAUGUUUUCAAAUGAGAAAUGGAAAAGUCUGGGAAUUAAACAUUUGCACUUGCCAACACCAGAUUUUAAUAAUGCACCAGACUUUGAAAAACUGAUGGAAGGAGUACAAUUUAUUAAACAAUUUGAUAGUCUCAAUAUCAGUUGUUACGUGCACUGCAAAGCUGGAAGGGGAAGAAGUGCAACUUUGGUGGCUUGUUAUUUAAUGGAGUUGUACAAUAUUACUCCUGAUGAAGCAAUCAACAUCCUAAAAUCAAAAAGGGAACAAACACUUCUUGGGUCAAAGCAAGUGACAGCAGUAAAAGAAUUCUAUGAACACCAUAUUCAAACAAGUUCUAGGCCACGUAUACCUAUACAAGAAUAACAUAUGAUGUACAUAAUUUUAGCGGCACAUUGGCCAAGAGUAUGAUACCCAGCUGGUCCUGCUUUUUUCUAAAAAUGACAGAAAUCGUAUGUGAAUCUAACUAUAUAUAACCACUACCAGCAGAACAUACUUCGAAAAACAAACAAACAGUUUACUGUCAUGAUAUUUUGACUCGAUUUCAUAGUCAGGUACGACAAUGACUUUGUCUUUGAAAUAGGCUGUCAAAAUAUUACCGUAAACGUGUUGUCUUGCUUUAAAGCUGAAAUUGUGGGUUUACAAGAUGUUCUUGUUUUUUUGUCAGUUUUGUGUACUACAAUUUGCUGCACACUUACCAGAUUUUUCAGAAAAGUGUCCUUGUUGGUUUUCAGAUCGAUUCUUGGUAAUAUGUUCGGAACUGCGAAUACAUACAUGCAAGGGAUUUGUAAUAUAUAGAUUGCCUAUCUGUGGAUAGUCACAGAGCAUGCUUUUAUACGUCUAAACAACGCCAGUUGACUAUCCAAAUGCAGGUUUACCUAUUCCUUGGACUGGAAAUUCCUCUACCGCGCCCUUUCUGUACGACUUGGGGGGACGAGCCCAAGCAGGAUGGUCCAAUGGAUGAAGGUAACUGGAUCGGGACGUCGUUUGUGAACAGUAACCAAUAAGCGGUGGCUUAACUGUAAAAAAAUUGAUAGACGAUUUGACAUCCCCAGGUAGGGAUGGUUUAUAAUGUA